UUCCCCGACGCAUACAAUACGAACAAGCAAAAGAUAAUUAGUUGGAGGUUUCUCUCGUUUUCUAGCGAUUUCUCUAUUGUGAAGGAAUGGACACGUUCUCUGCUUUCUUUGAUUCCCGAUCGGCGUCCAGGGGUGGCUGGACCUCCGAUACCCUCAAGAACUUCCGUCAGAUCUCUCCGCUCGUCCAGACUCAUCUUAAACAGGUCUAUCUGUCUCUGUGUUGUGCACUUGUUGCCUCGGCUGUAGGAGCUUAUCUUCAUCUCUUAUGGAAUAUUGGUGGCCUUCUUACAACAUUUGCAUGCGUGGGAAGUAUUGUUUGGCUUCUCUCUACACCUCCUUAUGAAGAGCGGAAAAGGGUUGCUCUUUUGAUGGCAGCUGCACUUUUUGAAGGGGCUUCAAUUGGUCCUUUGGUUGAUUUGGCCAUUGAAAUUGACCCAAGCAUUCUGAUUACCGCGUUUGUGGGAACUGGGUUGGCUUUUGGUUGUUUCACGGUGGCAGCCAUGUUGGCAAGGCGUAGAGAGUACCUUUACCUUGGUGGCUUGCUUUCGUCAGGCCUGUCGAUGCUCUUAUGGUUGCACUUUGCCUCCUCUAUCUUUGGAGGUUCCGCAGCCAUCUUUAAGUUUGAGCUUUACUUUGGACUGUUGAUUUUUGUUGGCUACAUAGUAGUGGACACGCAGGACAUCGUUGAGAAAGCACACCUUGGUGAUCUUGACUAUGUGAAGCAUGCCUUGACCCUCUUCUCAGAUUUUGUUGCUGUAUUUGUCCGAAUUCUGAUAAUCAUGUUGAAGAACUCGAUGGAGAAGGGUGAGAAGAAGAAGAAAAGGAGGGACUGAAUUUCUGUGUGUGGGGGGUAGUGAAGCCACUCUUACUUGCUCGUAUCUUUGUUUUGGCCUGUAAAAAGUUAAAUGAGUUGUCUAUACAUCACAACAUGAAUGUUCAGAUAAUCCUUGGGAUUUCAUUUUCUUGUUGGAAGAGUGGGGUAUUGUGUAUUAAUCCUUGCUAUAUCAUUCUCUCCUCUGCUUGCACUAAACAUCAUCGCUAUACAAUUCUGCCUCUCUUUUUUGCUUU